CAUGUAAGUGUUUUCCAGGGCAUAUUCUGACAUUAGUAUAAAUAAUGGUUAUGUGUACUUUGAGUGUUAUAGAUAAAAAUUAAUUCGGUCCUGUGAUGACAUCGUAGUUAUUAUAUAGUUAUUUUGUAAUUUGCUGUUUAAAUACGUUUAUUAGUUUUCAUUGAAAGAUAAUAUUCGCAGAUGUGAUUUGUUACAAGGUUACGCAACUAUAAAUUUGCCGAAUCACGUUUGGUCGUGGUAUAAACGUGACAGUAUAUUAUUUUUCGUGAUUGGUGACGAUAGUUCUGGCCACUUCUUGUAGUUUGUUAGUUUGGUUUCGCCUAUUUGCACGUCUUAAAAUCAGUAUGGGUUCAUUUUCUUGCAGGAUAUCUGGAAAUUUUAGAACAUGUCUAUUCAUGUCAUGAUCGCCAAUUUCAAUAGACUGAACUAUAAGUUUGUUAUGAAAUUAGUUAUUGUGUCACUUAACUUAAAACACUUCUUUAUUAACAUGUGUGUUUGCUGCGAGCAGCUUUAUCAAAAUACAUUCCUUUUAACUGCCCUACUUUAUAUUUAAUUCACUGAAGAAUGUAAAAUGAUAGAUUCCAAAAGUUGGUUAUCUUCCGAAAAAGUAAAUAUUUUGAAUAUUUUUAUUUUUGAUUACUACGUGCCCAAAAAAGUAUUUGAAUGCUGCUCCGAAUUACAGUAUUUUAAAAGUAAAAUACCCCUAAUUUAUUCAAAAUAACUUAAUACGAGAAAUAUCACAAUGUUGUUUGGCAGAAUCAUCAAAUAGAAUAAAAGGAGCAAUAAUGUUUUUUUUAGAAAUUAUUUUCAUUUUUUAAGAACACACAAAAAAUUAACUAUUCUUUGUUUGUGCUAACCUUAAUGAAUUGUUUUACCAUUUUGGCAUCUGCAGCUUUGCUUUGUUAAGAGUCUUCUAGAUUUGGUCUGUAAAUUAUCCUCUGUUCCACACAUGAGAUUCAUUACUGGUUGUCAAAUUGAAAUGUUUUAACAUUUAAUUUACUCUUUCUUUACAGUCUUUUUUUGUGGUCACUGUUACCUUUUUUGCGUACAAUCAGAACAAAAUCCAAACAUUCUGUUUCAACAUUUCCUGUCUAGUCUGCCCUUCUAGCAACCUGACAACUUUACAUACCUAUACCAUACAUAACAUCUUCGUUGUCACUUGUGCUAGCAGAAGAAUGUUCUGAUGAAUGUCUUAGGUCUUAAGUUCUCCAUUCUUGUGAGUGAGCUUUCAUCUUGAAAUCAUUGUUGGUGUCUGUGGGUGUCUCAGAUCUUUCACAUUGUCAGACGCAGUGGCGAGGCGUGAGGUUUACAUGAGGGGAAGCAACAACUCCGUUCACAUCAAAACAUGAUGAGAGGAGGGGGCCCUCCCCCAGGAAAAUAUGUAUUUCAAGGUACAAAAUGGUGCUAUUUAAGUAGUUUUCUUAACUGAACAUUGACUUUUCCACAGGUAGAAAAAUUGACUUUUUUUUUUAAAAUAAAUUAUUUUUAAAAAAUAAUGUUUGACUUACAUUAUUCUGAUAGUAAAAUACCUACUCUACAUGACUUAUAUAUUAAGUGGGAGUGUAGUAUCAUCGAUAUCUGGUACAAAAUAUAUAAACAGACAACACAUGGCAAAGUAAGUAGGUACUUAAAAUAAAGAGAAGAACCUCAUAAAAAUGCACUAGAAUAGUAAAAAUUAAAUCUUGGUAUUUUUCGUACCAACACAAAAGAAAUUAUCUUCAUUCGUGAUCAGAAAAUCUGUUAACUGGUACGUGUACGAAGAAACUGGCACGUCAAUCAUUCCUGAAACGCCACGAUUUUUUUUCCUAGCCUUAAUUAUUCUAAGUGUGUAAGGGGAGGGUCCAGGUUAGGGGAGGACCUACACUAGGCGCAAUAUAACUCCGAGCUUGAGCUACGUCACACAUGAGGAGUGUUGACUGCAACACGUGUGGGGGGUCGGGUGGUUGAGGAGGGGGUAUAAGCAGAUAUGGCGACCUUGCGCAGCAGGUAGAGAAAAGCAGAAGACAUUGACCACUUACCACUGACGUUCCAAGCACUACCUCAGUUCUUCAACGCCACUGACUGUUCCAUCCGAAGAGUCUGAUGUGUAAACGUCACUGCUGUCACUGUUUGCAUCACCUAACUGAACAAUCGCUUUAUCAAUUUCAAUGUCAAAACGCACAUCCUUAUCCCAGUAUUCGUUCUCGAGUGUCUUGACGUGAUUGCAAAUCGGUAUCCAAUAUUCUGGACCCAUUCGGUUAAAUAUUUCCUCGCAAGGUUUUUUUACAUUUGCCAAAUUGCAAGUAACAUUUCUUGAAACGACUUCUCCUUUAACUUUAGCCCAUAUGCUUUCUAUCGGAUUCAAAUCCGGAUGAUAAGGGGGCAGACGAAGUAAUGCGUGGCCACUAUUUACCAAUAGUCUGUCUGCCGAGUACUGCACUUGCGAAGGUUUGUGCUUCUUUAUGAGGUUAUACAAGUUUGGUUUGAGCAUGUCGCUAGUAAAGGAAAUAUUCUCCUUACUUAACCACUGCUGCAUUUCCAAUUUUGUCGAGCUGGAGAUAGGCGUUUUAUUUAUUUUUACAUUGUGAUAGGGAGCAUUAUCUAUCACAACAACACUGUUUGGUGGAAGAUUUUGUAAUAAUUGUUCGGUGAGUCCUUUUUUCAUGUUGUUUGUACAGCCAUGCGAGACACACCCGUCGCAUUAGCUGUUCUCAGCUGUGCUUUCUCUAGUGAAAUGGAGGGUUCCUGCAAUCGCGCUUAAUUUUCCAUAAACUGCAGAACGUUAUAGACGAUUUCCCGCGCCUGCGAGUGCAGUUUUUUACUCUUAACUUUAGACAACACUGGAGGCAUUUUAUGUAUAAAGUUGUGCUUUACUGAAGUACUGCACUACAUAUGUAACACUGGCUCUGAACAAAAGUGAUACACUACAUGCAUACAAACCUCAGAUCCAAACUGUAAACGAAAACGUUUAGUAAGUACCAACGUAUUCGUCGGAUUUCACCGAAGGACUAAGUUUUCACUCUGUGCAGUAGCGUGUAGCCCCUGUUAUCAAGUUACGCAUUAUCUCUCACUGCCGCGCCACGUCUGCCUUCUCCAAUGUCGGGACUCACAUACACACAACGAUUCUCUAACCGUCACCCAGGCUCGGAGUUAUGUUGCGUCUAGUGUAAGUGUGUCUCAGGCCUAUACACUCUUCCAUGCGGGUUUUUAACCAUGCGGGACAAGGGCGCGUGCAUCGUGUGCUAUUGGGGUUUACUGGCCAGCCAUGGCUGCGAUUGGCGCCAUGACUGACGCCCCAUUGGUCGCCUAGCUUAAAAGCUAGCUAAUGUGACCCAGGUAAAACCUGCAUAGACACAGGGAAAAUCCUGGGCCGGGUCAUGCGGGGAUCAAUUAACAUGCAUUAAGCAAGCAGGUAACUACUGGACAAGAGGGAAGAAGGGUCCAGGUAAGAAGAGUUGGAGGGGCUGAAAAAUCAACCAUGCUGGAGUUGGGUGCUUGGGCCUUGCGGCCCGCAUUUAAAUGUUGGGUACUCCUGGGUUAUUAUUAACCAGGGGCGCAUGCGCCCCCAGGGGCGGGUGACUUCACUCGUCAGCCCAGCCCAGCUGCCCAGGCAGCCACAGUUAAACCAGAUGUGGGCAGACGAGCCAGUAAACCGGCUCGAACUGCGGGCGUACGGGGCGAAAGGCAGCCUGACAUUGCGCCAUCUUCAUCUUCCUUCUCCAGUCAACAGCCAACAACCUUUCAAGCCAGGGUGGGGCGCCAUUUGGCAGCAAGGAGCGGAUUCGAGGGCUUGUGCUGUGCCUGCGAUGGCCGAGACUGUAGUGGUACGCGUGGCGCAAGGCCUGCUCAGGGGGCGAAGGCUGCUCUCCAAGCACGGCAGCUGGUACUGCAGCUUCCAGGGAAUCCCAUAUGCGAAACCGCCCGUCGGGCCCAGGCGCUUCCAGCCUCCACAGCCAGUGGACCCAUGGACAGGCGUGCGGGACGCGACGGCGGAGGGGCCGGUGUGCCCUCAGUUCGACAUGCUCUCCAACGAGUUUGUGGGCCAUGAAGACAGCUUGUUUGUGAACAUCUACACUCCUCAGUUAACAGCUGAUCAACUGAAGCCAGUGAUGGUUUGGAUUCACGGUGGGGGCUUCAACAUGGGGUCCGGGAACACCGACCUCUAUGGUCCAGACCAUCUCGUUAAUGCUGGGGUGGUUCUUGUCACUAUGAACUACCGUGUUGGCGCUCUUGGCUUCCUGUGUGUGGAGGGCACAGACGCAUCGGCGAACAAUGGCCUGAAGGACCAGGUUGCAGCCCUGCGGUGGGUGCGGGACAAUGUGGCACAGUUCGGGGGCGACCCUGCCAAUGUUACGCUGUUUGGCGAGAGUGCGGGCGCAGCAUCCGUGCACUACCACAUCCUCUCACCCAUGUCCACAGGUCUGUUCCAACGCGGCAUCAUGCAGAGCGGCUGCGCCCUGAACCCAUGGGCAUACAUGCCUCCAUCGUCGGAGCGCGCGUUCCGUUUGGCACGGCUCCUGGGCUGCGAGGAACAAGGGCAACAAGCCGUCGUGGACUUCCUCCGCAGCGUCUCCCCCAAAGACCUAGUACAGAACCAGGCGAAGACGUUGAUGAAAGAGGACGUGAGGCUCGGCAUAGCGCUGCCCUUCGUGCCCUCGGCAGAGCCGUGGGCCGGAGACGAGGCCUUCCUGCCGCUCCCGCCCACGGAGGCGAUCCGGCGGGGAGCGCUGCAGGACGUGCCGCUCGUCGUGGGCGCCAACACCCGCGAGGGCCUGCUGCUGCUCAAGGAGGUCGCCCACAAGCUGCCCGAGGUGCUGCGGAGGGUCGACCAGGGCUUCGAGGCCGUCCUGCCCGCCGACCUGGACUCCUCGCAGGGAGCUGCGCAGAGGGCCAGGAGCCUCUACUUCGGGCAGCGGCCCGUGUCCGUCGAGACGCUGCCGCAGUACGUCGAUUACUUGUCGGACACAGCGUUCACGCAUGGCGUCUACUCCACGGUGCAAGGACAUCUGGCCGUGGUCAGGUCGCCGAUCUACUUCUACCGGUUCAACUUCGAGGGCAGCCUGGGGUGGCUGAAGCCGCUCAUCGGGGUGGACGGCGUCAAAGGACCAUGCCACUGCGACGAGCUGGGGUAUCUCUUCACGUCCUCUCUGUUCGACCAGGACUGCGGGCCGGACAGUCUUGAAGCAAAGACUGUUGGGAGGAUGGUCAGGAUGUGGACGAACUUCGCCAAAACAGGGUACUCCUUUGCUGCAUUUUGACACUUUCUUCUGACCAUCGGCAGAAUGUUUUCAACUGGAGUGCCAGCGAGCAGUGCAUUCCGUCUUCACAUCUAGUAGGCCUUUUUUUUUUUGUAAAAUGAAAAUUCAGUCUUAAUUCAUUUUUCCACUGCAUUUUUACAGUGAGUUUGCACUUUUUAAAAUAUUUUUUAUCCUAUUUUAUUUGUAGCUUAAUUUUCUACUGAGAUAAUUUUAUAUCACUUUAUGCUGGCUUUCAGCAUGCAUUUUGGAAUGGCAAAUUUAAACAUACUUAUGGAUAAUGCAUGUGUGUUCUUUGCAUUCAUGUGCAUGUUUGUGUGAUAUUUUUGAAGUUUUCGUUUGUAGUUUUUGAAAUUAUGAAUAAAAGUUACUGGCUU